AUGGUGGAUUUUCCAGGAUACAGUCUGUCUGGUGUAAUUGCCUCCUUCUUCUUUGUACUGCUCAGCAUGAAGCAGUCAGAUGACUUUAGAGUGAUUGGUUCUGCCCAUCCUACCCUGGUCAUGGUCGGGGAAGAUGCCUUACUAACCUGUCAGGUCCUCCCCAAGAGGACCGUGAUGUACAUGGAGGUGAGGUGGUACCGUGCAGAGCUCAGCACACCUGUAUUUUUGUAUCGGGACGGAGCUGAGGUGAUGGAGAUGCAGCUGGAGGAGUACAGAGGCCGGGUAGAGUGGCUAGAGGAUAACAUUACCGAGGGAAGUGUGGCUCUGAAGAUUCACAAUAUCCGACCAUGGGAUCAUGGGCAGUACUGGUGCCGUUUCCAAGAGGGAAACUAUUAUGGACAAACAAGCUUGCUGCUCACAGUAGCAGGUCUGGGGUCUGCCCCUUACAUUCAUAUGGACGGAUCUGUGGAAAGUGGACUCCAGCUUGUGUGCGCUGCAAAAGGCUGGUUCCCAGAACCUCAGGUUUCUUGGCAAGACAUCACAGGAGAAAAGUUGUUGACUGUCUCUGAGCACUGCAUCCAGGAUGAAGACGGCUUGUUCUAUGUAGAGAGCAUGCUUGUGGUUAGGAAUGCCUCUAUGGAGAUUGUGUCCUGCUUCAUCCACAGCCCCACACUCACUGAGGAGAAGGGAUCAGAAAUCUCCAUCCCAGAAAAACUCCAGACAGAGCUGGCUUCCUUAAAAGUGAUUGGACCUUCCCAGCCCAUCCUUGUCAGGGUGGGAGAAGACAUACAAUUACCCUGCUCCCUGUCCCCAAAGACUGAUGCACAGAGCAUGGAGGUGAGGUGGCUCCGAUCGCACCGUUAUCCUGCUGUUUAUGUCUAUGUGGAUGGGGACCAUGUGGCUGGAGAGCAGAUGACAGAGUACCGAGGGAGGACUGAAUUGAUGAGUGAUGCUAUCAGUGAGGGGAGGCUGACCCUGCUGAUAAGUGACGCCAGGACUUCAGAUGAUGGGAAGUACCAGUGCCUUUUUGAAAAAGAUGGUGUCUACCAGGAGGCCAACUUGGAUCUGAAGAUUGUAGGUCUGGGUUCUUCUCCUCGGAUCUCCAUGGAGGGACUGAAGGAUGGAGAAAUAAAGCUGAAGUGCACUUCAGAAGGGUGGUUCCCACAGCCCCACGUGCAAUGGAGGGACUGUGAAGGAAAGACAAUACCAUCAUUUUCCCAAGAUCUGACUCAAGGCAGCCAGGGGCUGUUCCACGUGGAGGCGUUUCUAUUGGUCACAAACAUUUCUGUUGUGAAUGUGACCUGCUCCAUCAGCAACCCCCUUCUAGGCGAGGAGAAAAGGACAACUUUUUCUCCUUCAGUGUCCAGAAUGACUUUUUCAUGGAAGAUUUGGGGAUUGCUUCUUGUUGGGGCUGUAGGCUUGAUCUGGAGGAAGAGCUGUAGAAAAGGUAACACAGAGAAGUUCUCCUGA